AACUUACGGACCUACCUAUUUCUCUCUCUUCGUUCAGGAAAUCAGCGUGAGGUUCAAUAUUUCUAUUUACUUUCCAUUGUACCUUUCCACGAGAGAGCGUCGAUAAGCCGCUGUUCCUUUGCAUCUUAUCGUUGUCCUCUUCGAUUGUCACUCUUCAUAGCAUUGCUAUGUCUUCCUUUUAUAAUGAUUGGUGGAUCAAUAGCUCUCCAAAGAUCCUCUGUUCUUCGGACGACUCAGGUUAUGACAGUUCAUCUCCCAGGCGAAGGUUAAGUAUAUUAAGUGACACUCCUUCGACCCAUGACUCUCUCCUGCCACGGUUUCGAGAUGAAAAUGGGAAAGAAUGGAAAACGAGUCUUUCCAUGCGAAUCAAAAAUGUGAUCAACGGAGUUCCUAUUGACCAAAAUCUGUCAAAUAUUGCUCCAAAUAGUCUUCGAUUUGAUGGAUCAUCAGAUAGCCCCAAAACUCCAAUUGUUUCAUCCUCUUCGACGGUACCUCGACCCAAUACCAAGUCAAGACCAACUCUUUCCAACGCGCUCCGGGCUCGAACGUCAGUUGACUCAACCCCAACCAGAAAGUCCACUAGCUCCUUGCAUUCUCCAGAUCGAUUUCUUCCUGUUUUGAAAAGAUCUGAUUCCGCGACACAAAGCUUUCGCGCCAAUAAAGAUCCUGGAAGUCUUUCGCCUUACGAAAGAUUAAUGAGACAUAGCAGUGCAAGCCUUGAUGCUUUCAACCCACGCCGACGUGCUACAUCACCAAUUCCCCUAGCUUCUCGACCCGAUUCCAGAAGAAUUGUUUCUGCAAAUCGCGGCAGAGGUGCCACUGCCCUUAUUUUUCAGAGAAGUGCUCCAACAACACCCUAUGGGGAGAGGCAGGUCAGUGUAGGGACCGUAUGGGCCGUCGGAGGAGUGGCUCCUGUGAGCGCUGGCAUCUCAGAUGGACGUGGCGGUAUGCUUGGCAGUGGAACUAACGCACCAUUAUAUACAACAUCCUUCUCCGCUUCACGUCCAAAAGCACAAGAAGACUUUGAAAAGCAUGAAGACAGGCUGGCACAAGCAUUAAAUAUUGACCGUACACAGCGCGUUUUUGAAUUUCGAGACCCAUUAGCCACACCACCCACCACUCCACUCGAUUCUAGGUCCAAAAGGCAUAUAUUCAACACCAAAACUACAUGGAAUGGAACAGAGUGGGUGCUUGGUGGACCGGAACAAAUUCUGGACGCACCAAAUUUACGAGAUGACUUCUAUUGCUCGGUUCUCGCAUACUCUGGAACAAGUCAUACAUUGGCCGUUGGUCUGGGCUCAUUACUUUAUGCAUGGUCCGAAAUGGCAGGAGUUCAUUUACUUCACGGUGGUACUUCAAAUGCAUCUUGGUUGACAUCUCUGGCAUUCUCAUCCACGCAAGGAGCCAAAUCAAUACUUGCCUUUGGCAGGUCUGAUGGAUCGUUGAGUUUGUUAUCGCUCUAUGAUAGUUUGUUACCUAGAUUCGAGGUCCAACAGCCUUGUCCUAUAGCUUGCGUCACCUGGAGGCCCUCGAUAACAAUGCGACCUUCCCGGAAUCCACUGGCUUCGGGUAUUAUGGUGAAGACGGAAGAUCUGAUUGUCGGAGAUGAACAAGGAAAUAUAUACUACUAUGCUGUUGAAUGGCCUGAUGCAUGGGAAAUAACUCGCGAUGGUUGGUCUGGUUCUAUGACACUUAUUGCAAAGAUCUCCAUUCACACCCAACAGAUAUGUGGUCUCUCAUUUUCCACAGAUGGCUCGUCAUUCGCAACUGGAGGUAACGAUAACCUUUGUUGUCUCUUCCGCACACACGAAGUCACUCGGCCCUCUCGUGGUCAACUCGGUACCGCAGAAGAGGUAUUUCUUGCCACGGCAGGUAUGCGUCGCAUACACAGCGUUGCAGGUCAAAGUCGUGUUAAAGAAAUCACUUCAGGGGCAGAGAAACAUCGUUGGGUUCAUGGAGCGGCUGUCAAGGCAAUUGCAUUUUGCCCCUGGAGAGAUGGCCUCAUCGCAACUGGCGGUGGAAGCAACGAUAAAUGCAUCCAUUUCUUUCACACCUCUUCCGGAGCCUGCCUAGCUACCAUUAGUGUAGCGGCUCAGGUUACUUCUCUUAUCUGGUCCACUACCCGUCGCGAAAUUGCAGCCACGUUCGGGUAUGCGCAACCUGAACAUCCAUAUCGAAUCGCCGUUUUUAGCUGGCCAGACUGUAAGCAGGUAGCUGCUAUUCCAUGGGAAGGCGAGCAUCGAGCACUAUUUGCGAUUCCAUAUCCAGGUGGCCCAAAUGAAAGCCAUAGUAGUAGGGAAGGAGGAAGAGCCUUGACAAGAACGGCCCAAGAAGGUUGCUUGGUCGUGGCUAGUAGUGAUGAGAGUGUUAAGUUUCAUGAGGUGUGGACGAGUAGUAUGAAGGCUACAAGUGGAGGUGAGGGCUUGCUAGGUGGAAGUGAUAUUCUGGAGGGUUUGGAGGGGAUUGACAAGGAGGGCGCUGUUAUCAGAUAAACAUGUAACAUGGCAUGAAGAUGGAGUAUGGCGACGCGAAGACGACUGAUUAAGCAAUGUGUAAGUAGAUGACGUACAUUGUGGGCUGUACACCUGUGUGAAACAAAUUGAAAUAAAAGAAGGAGAGAAGUGGAGAGGAGAGGGGGGAAGUUGCUACAUGAAAGGAACGAUGAAUUAGAGAGACCAAGGGAUGGAGAGAUGAAAACACGAUACCACACCUGCUUUUCUUUUGGAAGUUGCAGACACGAGUACAUACAAAUUUGCUUAUUCUUCUGAAUUGAAACAAAUAAAUAUCCAUUACCUGAAGCUAUACAUUGAAUUUCAUGGGUUUAGAAUCUUCGAUUCUUCGAACUUGAAUGCGUGGAGUUUGAGUGAGUCCCGAGAGAUAUGAAAGAAAAUAUGAGGAGAAAAACAUGGGAGAGGUCACCGGGUGAAUAGGUAUGCUAAUACAGGAAAACCUAAUGUAAUGAUGGGGACAGCUCAAUGGAAGUAGCUACUGAGGUGGAUGAU